GAUUUGCAUACAACCGCCUGGACUACCGCAGGGAUCGCAGACUUUCUUUCUUUCCUUCCCGACUCAAUAUUGGAGAGUUGCGCAGCAACCCCGUUGUCUCGUCUCCAGGAUAUCCUUGCUCAUCGUGACCUUUUCAUCAAGCUCAGCAUACUCAUGGCCGCCGAGGCUUGUCCGUGGCUUUGUAACUCAAGUCAGUUUUUGCGAGCCCUCCUUUGGUCAUAGCUACCAAAAAUGCGUGCUUUAUACGCGACCCAUCGUCAAGAACGAGCACCAGCAGUCUUGAGGCAUCUUUGCCCCUUCAAUACACUUGAUAACGCCGUUUGCUAGGUGUCAGGCGAGGUUCGCCAUAGAAUCGGGGCCCACAUUUCAAGCGUCGUCAUGACGCACGGAUAUUCAUUGGGUGAAUGUAUAUUGAACGGCGGCCACCUUGCGGAGUACUGCGGGGUGCAUAUAAAGUCUAGUUGUCUGCAGAUGAACAUGUUCUCUUUGGCUCUCAUUCCGUUGACGCUGGCGUUGACUGCCAAAGGGGAUUCAUGGGGUCCCGCCUAUUCAUUGGGUCCCACUAACUCAGCUAUAAUUGAAGCUAUAACGACUUUUACUCCCGGAACGCCUCCUUCCGAUGCCGAGAAUUAUCUCUUUCUUUGGCCAGGCAUCAGCAAUAGUACCAGUGGUUUGAUCCAGGCUGGUACAGAUCAAACUGCGGAUCAAAAUAGCUACUGUGGUGCUUCUCAAGAUCAAUGGUGUGCUAUGGCGAGUUAUUAUGGCGUUGUCGACGGUGUCACCACCCAAUUGAACGGUGACAUGGUGCCCAUUGACGCAGACGCAUCUAUAACUAUUCACUACAAGCUUGCCGACGAUGAUAUCACUUGGGAACAAACUGUCACUCUCAAUGGCGAAGUCAUUUCGACUCUCACGAGUUCUGACGGUCCGCUGUACAACGGCGGCUGGGGAACUGGUACCGAAUGUCAACAAGACUGUACUGGUACCACCUCUCCUCAGUACUAUACGAACACCACAAUCACACUUCUUGAAGCAGACCCUGAUUUUUCAUCAACGUUGUCCAUGGGAGAUGGUGUUGAGGCUUCGGAUAUGAUCACCUCCGAUGACGGGAAGACUUGGACAAUCGACAGCAUUACCAUACCCGCCAUGGUUUCCGACGGCUCUUCAUCAUCAUCAUCAUCUUCUUCUUCGUCCGAGUCCGUGAGUGGUACGUCGGUGCGAAAUGCUGCUGUCAGCACCACGUCGAGCAGAAUCUCUACCGCGACCGGUGUUGCAAGCUCUGUUUCUGUUGCGGUAUCUGCGAGCAACGAUGUUUCUGCCAUCCCCACCGAGUCGUCUGCCAUUCCAUCCAGUGGCAGCGAAGGCACCGGUGUUAGUGAACCCAGUGCAACCUUCAGCCUGUUCUCAACAGCUGUUUCGGGAGGUCCUUCAGGUGGAAGCGCCUCUGUGUCACAGCCAACUGAUUUUCCCGGAGGCAAUCAAUCAUCUGGCGAGGCUUUCCCUAGUGGAGGGUCGGAAAGCCAGGUUUCUUCUUUCCCCACAGCGUCUUCUAGCGCCGAUGGCUUGCUUCCCAGUGGUGAAGCUGGCGAAGGUGGCUUUGGCGGUGAAUCUGGAGGUUUCGGCUUUGGAAAUGGCUCCUUUACAAACGAGACUUCUGGCGCUUUCCCUAUGGACGAUGCGGGGAGUGUCAAUGCCACUGCUACCGCGUCAGGUUCUGCGUCCUCGGCGACGUCCCAUUCUGAAUCAUCAGUGAAGCGCUUCUUCCAAUUCAAACGUCAGUCAGAGAGCGCUACGGCGUCCACAGCUACUUCUGCCUCAUCUAUACCCACUGCUAGUACUUCGAGCUCUGAGGCAAAUUCAACGCAAACCGAAGUACCUGGAGAAUCUGCCAGCGAGAGCGCAGGCUCUUUGCCGACCGAUGUUCCUAGCAGUACUUUCGGCACUGACGGUUCUUUCCCAAGUGGUAGCGCCGACGGAUGUAUGUGCGGUGGUGGUUUCGGUGGCGAUGGCUAUGGUGGCGCCAGUGGAAGCACUUUCCCGACAGCUGUAUCUGGAAGCGCUGCUUCUCUUCGCACAGAUGUAUCUGAUAGCGCAUUUCCCAGCGAUAUUGACGAUCUCUCGACUGCCGCAGUAGCACUUCCGAGUGGUUCCGGCAGCGCUGAGGGUCCUUUCCCAAGCGGUUCGGGUGGAUGUACCUGUGGCGGUGGUACCGGCGGAAUCGGUGGAAUUGGCGGUAGUGAGAGCUCAUUCUCCAAUGCCAGUGAAGCUGCAUUCCCCACGGACAGCAGCGAGGGCACCGUACCUACAGGCGAGUCUGGUAGUCCUAGUCAAGCUGAUAUCACCGAGUCGGGUACUGUCGCCACGAUCACCGCUAGCGUGGCUGCUUCCACAACUUCGUACUCUGUUUCUGCCACAGUUUCUUCAUCGUCGUCCCUUUCGUCCUUAAUGGUCCGGCGCGUCCCCCGACGUAGUAUCUGGGAGAGGUUGAACCGGCGUGCAUCCAGUGCUGCCUCAUCUACCGCCGCUGGAUCCGGUGAUUCCUCGAUUGCUACUACAACUGCGUCCUCAGAUUCGUCAAUUUCCUCUGGGGGUGUCAGUGGAAGCUCGGACACUCCUCCUACCGGUGUCUCCCAAGUUACUACUACUAACAGUGCCCCCGCCUCCUUCCCCACUGAUGGAUCCAGUGGCGACGUCGGGACGGGUGAAGGUUCAGGUUCUUUUCCCACUGCUUCUAUGAGCGCCGACGGUUCUUUCCCAAGUGAUAUGUCUGGCAGCGGCUUUGGUGGAGGACCGGGCGCCUUCGGUGGCCAAGGCGGAUUUGGUGGAGAAGGCGGAGCCAGUGGUAGUGGUGAAGCCAAUGGGUCGGCUACUGCAUCUGCUGAUGGCUCUUUUGCGUCUUCUGCCGGUGUCAUGAAUGACGCAUGAUGAACACCUCAAGGAAUUAAUAUAAUGAAAGUCGGUACCUGCUGAAGCAGUAUCAAAAGGCGUUCUUGUAAAAUCUAGCCACUGCAGGAAAUCGGGGUUGGAUCAUGUUAGCCACAAGGAGAGAUGUUGUACGUCUCGUGUUUCAGUAUUUAUGUAGCAAUCUUUUUAUUUUGUAAAAGCUUUCUUCCAAUUCUGCGGGAAAAUCUUGAAAUAUAGCAGGAGAACCCCUGAGAAUGAUUAGACACCUCG